AACUGUCACCGAUAGCAAAAUGGCUGCUACCAUGUCGUGGGGAUCAUGUCUGUGCGUUCAUGUUGUCAUAUUUGCAUGGUAUGUUUUCACUUUAUCCGCUAACUGCUCCUUGAAGAGUACAGAGAGACACCCAGGUGCUAAAACGUACGGAGGACGAUGGAAAUAUCUGACUUUCCUCAAUCUGGUCAUGCAGACGGUGUUUUUCGGACUGUGUGUGCUCAUAGACAUCGUCCACCUGCUACUUCCAGCUAAAGCCUUGCGUGGCCGGAUACCAUCCCUGCUUGUCAAACUAAGGGACACCAUCUUCACUGUUCUGGCUUUCCCCGUUGGCACAUUUGUGUUUUCCUCUUUCUGGUCACUGUACGCCUAUGACAGAGAGCUGGUGUACCCAAAGUUCCUUGAUGACAUUAUUCCAGUCUGGUUGAACCAUGCUCUGCACACUAUCAUCGUACCACUGCUGUUUGUACAGAUGUACAUUCAGAAUCAUAAAUAUGGCAGCAGGGUGAGAGGCAUCCUAGGCUUGGCUCUCUUCUCUGCACUUUAUUUGUCAUGGGUCCUCUGGGUGCACCAUGUUGCUGGUAUUUGGGUGUACCCCAUCAUGGCCAAACUGAGCCCCAUGGGCCUCGUUUUGUUUUUUGGUGCUGCUGCUCUUUCCAUGGCUCCUCUGUAUCUGCUAGGGGAGAAAUUCAACCGCAAAAUUUGGGGCAGUGCAGGGCCUCAGAAGAAAAAGAAGAAGUGAGACAGUGCUGGCGUGUAAGCUGAGGGGCGCUGGGGGGGGGGACCAGGACAUUCCUGCGUCAUGCAAGGACAGGACAAGUGAACCAAGCACUGACUACCUCCUCAAGGACACAGUGGUGGAGGAUCACUCAGGAAACUCCACUGGGCAGACAACCUCAAUGGCCAGAGACAGUGUUGGAGGAACAUCCUUAAAAUGUAUCACAACAUGACAAAAACUGUAUUGUAAUACAUCCCAUUUAUCCCUGGGAUAGCCCCAGUUAUCCCAUUCCCACUAGAGCUUUGUCGUGUUCUUAUUCUCAGUGGAGCAGACCUGCACUGACAUGGUAGCGAAUAACUUCAUCCAAGACUCAUGACUUCUCCACGAUUUCUCCACAUUAUUCCACAAUUUAUCAGGAUGCUGUUUUAGUCGAUACUGUAAAUUCAUUUUAUGCGAAAGGGACCGAUCCUAAUGUGCACUUGCUAAUUUAUCUUUGGAAUUGAUGCUUUUAGAUAACUGAGAUUUAUUAUGUAACUUUUAAAACAAAUUAUUGGAGAGGUGAAAUAAACUGAUUUUAUUGAAUACUU